ACUGACGGAGGUCAACAAAUAAACUUAAAACCAUCCAGAAAGAGACAGCACAGGACUUUGGGAACCAAAUUCCAGUUUAAAGUUUAUCUGGGAGUUGAUUCAUCUGAGGAAUGCCUCAAAGGAGUGAAUUGAUAGAAGCCUUACAUUGUAAACUGCAGGAAGCCACCGAAUGUGCAGAGUUUGAUUUCCUCCGAGCUGUGACCGUGGAUGUGGAUAAACUGCUAUCGAGCUUGCCUGUGCCCCUGCUCUCCAGGAGGACGCUCCCCCCAGAAACUGAGCUGGACACCAAGGCGAGAGCUCUCUACCCUGAGGAUGCCCCAGCGGGCAUGGUGCCGUUGGCCUGCGUGGGUGAGGGGAACCAUCUGUUUGAGGCAGCCAGCAUGCUGCUGAAAGGGGACACCAGCCUGAGCACGGAGCUGCAGCUGAGGACGAUGGUGGAGAUGGUCCUCCACAAGCAGUACUACCUGAAGGGCAUGAUCGACUCCAAGGUGAUGCUGCAGGCUGCCAGGUACUCGCUGUGCACCGAGGAGUCGGCUGAGAAGAUGAACCUGCCCAUGGACAUCCUGGAGGCCAUCUUUGACGCUGAUGUCAAGGCGACCUGCUUCCCGGGCACCUUCGCCAACAUGUGGCACGUCUACGCCCUGGCGUCGGUCCUGCAGAGCGACGUUUACUCCAUCUAUCCCAUGAGCAACCUGAAGAUCCGCCCCUACUUCAACCGCCUGAUCCGUCCCCGGAGCCGGGCCCCUGGGUCAGAGCUGCGGACGUUGCACAUCAUGUGGGCGGGGGAGCCGCUCUCCCAGGCGGUCUUCAAGCCCCAGUAUUUCGCGCCAGUGGUCCCCGCCCAGGAGCUGAGGGGCCAAGAGGCCGGCGAGACCCUCCUACCCCUGAAGACCUUGGAGCUUCUCAACGCAGAGCCAGAUAUCUCCUACUCCAUGCUCCGGGAGAAGUACAGCAUCACCAAGAGUACCUUCUACCGCUGGAAGAAGCAAUCCCGCGAGCGGCGACGGAAAGCCGCCACUCGCUACGAAGCCAAGCACUACCUGCAGGAGUCCUUCAGUGGAGGCAACUUCCUACCCCUGCAGCAGUUCCGAAGCCACUUCCCGGAAAUCUCCCGCUCCACCUACUAUGCCUGGAAGCACGAGAUGCUGACGGCGGGCACUGGGCCAGGAGGGGGGCAUCGGCCCGGGCGGGAGCGGGGAUUUGACCAGGGCAGUGAGCUCGGGCGGGGUGACCGCAAGCCUCUGCCACCCAAGGCCUUGCAGAGUGAGAGCGUGGACCUCUCCAAAGCGGCCUGCGGCAGCGGCCUCGCCCCCUUUAACGGCCAGCGGUCACCUUCGAAGCAGCUGGCCAAACGUUUCCUCAGGGAGUGCGUCCUCCUCAACAUGUGCCCCCCUUACAAAAGCUUCAAGAAGACCUACCCCUGGGUCUCCAGAUCCAGCUAUUACAACUGGAGGAGGGAGGCAAUAAGCCACCUGGACACUCGCAGCACCCUACCCCAUUCUGGUCUGCACUGGGCACUGCCCGCCCAGCGUCGUGAAAUCGGCGCCCCCGGUCUAGUGCCCAGUGUCAGGGGUGAGGUGGAACGCAGUGGCAGGGUCGGAAUUAGCUCGCUCCAUGCUGGGGUGAUGGCUGCUGGCAAGGCCUCCUACUGGCAGAAGGUGAGGCCAGGGGAAGCCAAGAAGCGGGCGCAGAUGUGGCAGAUCCCCCUGUCCACGUUCCGGGUGAGGUACCCAUCCAUCUCCGCCCUGACCUUCCUGUGGUGGCGUAGCUCCUCCGCGUUCAGGAGGGCCAAGCUGAAGGUCAGCCACCCGCAGAAGGAAGGGAUCUCGGUCGAAACCAAAGAGGGUGUGGAGCGGGCACAGUCGCAAUCGGAGGAGGGAGUCCUGAGUCCCGGUGGCGUGACGGUCUCGGACUGUGCGAUCCCGCGGGAGCAGGUCAAGCACCCGCUGGUCGUGGGCACCUUACACGGGGCAGCCUCCAAAGCCAAGGCCAAGCUCUUCCUUCAGCGCCGCUACAUUUCUAAGAACUUCCCGACAUUCCGGGAGUUCAGCAGCUACUUCCCCCUGACGCCCCGCUCAACAUAUUACAUGUGGAAGCGAGCGCUGAGUAAUGGGAUGAUGCUGAUGGAUUGCUGAGAUCUAAAGGUCAAUGGGGAGUGGUUGACCACUGAUGCCAAGGGGGCGCUGGUCCCAUUCGCAUAUCAUUCACCACAACACUGGAGAGCUAUCAAAAUCCCAAGGAAUCUUUCUGUUUGAACUGCAAAUUUGAGACAAAUAACAUCUGCGGUAUUUCCACGGAAUUCCUGAAGUCCUUGCAGGACACUGUGCUAAAUGACAUGAGAUAUUUUGGUUAAGUGCUGAGGAGUUAUGAUGCCAAUCCUAAAGAUUCAAUGGCUGGAUGAUUUGAAUGGGAGAUAGCGGAUUGAGUGAUGUGAAUCUGGCCAUUAUACUUGACCUCCAGUCCUACACGCAUCGUGACAGCAGGGGGCUACAAGGGAUGGGUAAUAAAUGCUGUCUAGCCAGGUUCACCUGCAUCUGGAGAUCGAAUCUAUUAAAGAUCAUAUUGUGCACCAACACGGUA